AUGCAGGCUGCUCCGCGUGCACCUUCUCCUUUGCGUCAGUUCGAGACUCGUCGCGGCGAAUCUACACCAGGAAUCGAUUCCGAUCCUCAUUUUCGCAACUCCGAUUCUGACGACGACAGCGACGAUGAUAGAGAACAUGAUUCUGCUGCUUCUGUAACUCAAUUUGCAGCCAACUUCGCAAACAAAUUUGGCAACUUUGUCGGCGGAAUGACCAGUCCAAGUCCUAGCCCUAGCCCUGGUCCGGUGAUGAUGUCGUCUUCAGAAAUCGAAAGGGAAGCUCAACGAGAACGUGAAAGGGGAAGAAGAGAGGCUGAGAGGAUCUUGCAAGCCGAAAAUCAAAGGACGUCGCUUGAGAACCGUGUUCUGGCAAUGUUAGAUUCAACAAGGGCUUUGCCUCCGCCACCUUCCAGAUCCCAAACCAUGCCCAACCCAGAGUCCAGCCAGCCCUCCUCUCCUUCGAGUAACGUUUCUUGGUGGUCAGCAGCCAAAAAUAGACUGACCCCAACAAAGGAUAAAGAUCUGACGCCUGCACAGCAAGUUAUCAUCGAUGUAAAGCGGAGCGAAAAGGAUAGAGAGAGAGCAGAAAAAGAAUACCAGAAGGAAGUAAAGAGGCUGAGUAAGGGCAAAGAAAAAGAAUGGCCUGCUGUUGCAGAGACCAAGUAUUCUGAUCCGGCCUUCUUCAAUCUCAAUGUUCCUCAAACACCUACACCUCAACAUCGAAGAACGGGAUCUCCUACUUCACCUUCCCCGAACCCAAACUCUAGUCCUGGGCGUGUCCUUGGCUCUCCUUCUGCCACAGGAUCACCUGCACGUUCGUUCACCGCCCCAAAUCUGACACCCUCCCCUAACCGAUCUACUACUAGCACCGGCGCAGGUGCUUCUCCCGGACGAGCUGAGCAACCUCCGCUCUAUGCUCAGUUCAAUCCCCAGGGUGGUCUAGAUGUCCAUCUUACGUUGAUAACUAUCGCGAAAAGGCAAGUUCCAUUCCUUCUCUUCGUAUUUGAAAAGCUGGAAAAAUGGACCGUGGGUCACGUCAGAGCUUUAGAGGAGCGCAUGGGAGAUGUUGAGAGGUGGCUGGUUGAUAAGGAGGAGCGUGAGCAACGAACGACCGGCAAGGACAAUGAGGCUGAGGUCACCGACAGUUCGUCAAAAGAAGAGGGUUCAAAUCAAGUCCAAGAUGGAGACAUCAGAAAUGAAGUUCAAAAUCUUCGAGAGGAAGUUCUUGAGUUGCAGGGACGUAUUAGCGAACUCGGACGCGAAAUGGCAGAAUCAAGCCGCGAGCGGGCUUUCGAGAAAGUAAUGCCGGAAAAGCUAUCUUCGUCCAAACAGUCACAGUCUGCGCAAAUCAGAGAAGCGUCGCCCCCACCCACAUCUUCUUCAUUUGCACCUGUUGAGUCUGUGUCUCCUGGGGCGAGUGAUUGGCCUAAUCUUCAAUCUCAUAAGCGAGUGCCCUCUGUACGGGAAAGCACGUCUCCGCCUCUCCUGCGAUCCCUUUCCCGACAAACAACUGGCAGUCGACUUCCCUAUCCGACUGGGGACUAUGCUCCUAUCCCUUUGGACGCAGGCGCUGUAAUGACAGGAACCUUCUCUCCUCCUGUAUCUCCACCGGGGUCACUCAAUUCUCGUACGCCGACGGGGAAAAUCACGUCUGCCAUAUCAGGUGUAUCCGCUAAUACGAACCAUACCCCGAGCGGCAUUGGAUUAGGUUUAGCCAUCGCAGCGCCAAGUGGCGCUCCAGGUAUUAGUUCAUCAGCUUCGACGUAUUCUACAUCAUAUUCCAACGCCUCUUUCUCGUCUGUAUCUUCUAUAUCACCUUCAACUUCGCCUAGUCCUUCGCCCCGUCCUCGAGGUCCUCAGCAGAGCGCAAAUGUAAAUGCGUCCCCGUCCAACGCUUCGAAGGGCAGAGUCCUUCCUAUACCCCCUUCUUCUGCCAAAGAUCAACAGGGCAUGAGCACUUCGCCUUCCGGAGGUAGGAAGCGAUAUACGGUUGCGCUAGGUACACCUAUUACUCGUGCAUCUGCUAUGAUGGCCGGCGACAAUGGCUCAGAUUCGUCUUAUGUGAACGGCAAUACCGGUAACGAAGAGCAUGGCAGGUUACCAAGAAAAGGGUCCAACUCGUCUAUCGGAAGAGCAUUCUUUUCCUCUUCACCUGUCUCCGUAAGUCGAGGGGAAGAUGUUGGAGGGGGAGGAGGAGGAGAGGAUUUCUUAGGAGAUGAAACUAUCGGAAAAUCUUCUUCCAAAUCAGGGCUGGCAGCCGCUCUGAAGGGUGGAGAAAAAAAGAACAACACUCAGGAGACCGAUUCGUUCACGCCGACUCAUAGUCGACUUCGCGCACAGUCAGCGUAUGGAUUAUCUUCAAUUGUCCAACAGUCCCCGUCUCAAGGUCGUGAUUCUGCGUCCUUAUUGUCAACAAAUUCAAACGGGGCAGGUAUAGCGCCUCUCAAGCCCCGCAUUCGAUCUCAGUCGACUUCUCCACAUCCUAACACCAGUUCUGUCUCUCCACCGUCAAAUUCCAAAUUCGUGGAUCCUUUGGUUACUAGGAAGCAGGGAGCUGAAACGAAGCAUGGGAAACUUGCAAUGCCUCGUCCUCUUUCAGGUAAGAUUCCGAUAGGGCAAUUGGUCAAAUUCUUUGAUGGAGAUGCAAAGAGGUGA